CCACGUGACGGCCGCUAUAAGAACUCUCCCGGCGGACGCUAGGCUCCAGCCGCGCCUCCUUGCUGGCAGCACUCCCUCUCGGCGCCUGGCUUCUCCAGUCACCAACCUGCGGCUGCGGCGGCCGCUGGCGCGCCCGGGAGCACCAUGACAGAUCAGGCCUUUGUGACACUGACCACAAAUGAUGCCUAUGCCAAAGGAGCUCUGGUCCUGGGCUCAUCCCUGAAACAGCACAGGACCUCCAGGAGGCUGGUUGUGCUCAUCACCCCACAGGUCUCGGACUCCAUGAGGAAAACUUUAGAGACGGUCUUUGAUGAAGUCAUCGUGGUAGAUGUCUUGGACAGUGGUGAUUCUGCUCAUCUAACCUUAAUGAAGAGGCCUGAGUUGGGUGUUACGUUAACUAAACUCCACUGCUGGUCACUUACACAGUAUUCAAAAUGUGUGUUCAUGGAUGCAGAUACUCUGGUCCUAGCAAAUAUUGAUGAUCUUUUUGAGAGAGAAGAAUUGUCGGCGGCACCAGACCCAGGGUGGCCUGACUGCUUCAAUUCUGGAGUCUUUGUUUAUCAGCCUUCAGUUGAAACAUACAAUCAGCUGUUGCACCUUGCUUCUGAGCAAGGUAGUUUUGAUGGUGGGGACCAGGGUUUACUGAACACAUUUUUUAGCAGCUGGGCAACAACAGAUAUCAGAAAACACCUGCCAUUUAUUUAUAACCUAAGCAGUGUUUCUAUAUACUCCUACCUCCCAGCAUUUAAAGCAUUUGGUGCAAAUGCCAAAGUUGUGCAUUUCCUAGGACAAAUCAAACCGUGGAAUUAUACUUAUGAUCCUAAAACAAAAAGUGUCAAAAGUGAGUCCCAUGAUCCCAAUAUGAGUCAUCCAGAGUUCCUCAGCCUGUGGUGGGACAUCUUCACUACCAACAUCUUACCUCUGCUUCAACAGUUCGGCCUUGUCAAAGACACUCCCUCAUACGUACACGUGGAAAAUGUCUCAGGAGCCGUAUCACAGCUAUCACUUGGGGAGGUCCCAGCUACCACACAGCCUUUUGUAUCCUCAGAAGAACGGAAGGAGCGGUGGGAACAGGGCCAGGCUGAUUACAUGGGAGCAGAUUCCUUUGACAACAUCAAGAGAAAACUUGACACUUACCUCCAGUAGAAACACUGCCAUUUUCCCGUGGACACAGGCACUUGUCUCUGAUACUUAGUUUCUUAAGCUGGGUUAAGAAAGGUCUGUUAGAGUUGCUAAAGGCUUUCACUAAAAUUCAUCAGAUGUGGGGAUUUUGCAGGACAGCUGGUGAGAUCUGGGCAAAAGUUGUCAGGUAGCAGUUCUGUUAAAUGCUCGACAAUGUUCUGCUUUUUAACCCUAGGCUAAUAUGUCAGAAAAUCUCAGUUAUGUAGAUUGCCAACAUAUGUGUAAGGGAAACUCAAUCUUAAGCUGUUAAAAUGGCUAUAUCAGCUCUUAAAAUGUGCCAAGCCAGGCUCCAAAUCACUCUCCCUUCAGAAGGAGACACGGUCUCUGUCUCUUGCUUGCUUGUUGUACUCUUCACUAGACCUGUAUUUUAGAACUGCCCAGAGGCUGCCAGAGUGAUUGUAAUUCUGCUUUCAGGUAAAGACAGCCUACAGUAACACUGCUGAGUGAUUCAUAAACAUCAACAAAUGGUGUUGACCCAUUUUAUUUACUAUUCUUAGUAUCUGAAGAUGUUCACCAGUUUUCUGUGUACAGUAAGACGGCAUGCUAAAAUGCAUUUGUUCAGUUCUGUAUAUCUGAAAACAACAGUGUGUUCCCUGAUGCUUACCGGCAAUGGCACCUUGUAUGAAAAAUAAAGACUUAUUGACAUAUCA